UGGAGAAGCGGAUGAUCCGCGCGCGGCCAUGUCGGCGAAUGAGCGAGUGAUCCGAGUCCUCAAGGAGAUCCUGCAGAAGUCUGGGAACAACGUGUGCGCGGACUGCGGCGCCAAGGAUCCCGAGUGGGGAUCAUGCACCCUGGGAGUGUUCAUCUGUCUGGGUUGCUCUGGGGUCCACCGCAACUUCCCAGAUAUCAGCAAAGUCAAGUCGGUGAGACUGUCCCAUUGGGAGGACCACGAGAUGCAGUUCAUGGCUGAGAAUGGUAAUGAGCUAAUGAAGAAAAAGUAUGAGGCUUCUGUUCCUGUCUACUACUACAAACCCACUCACAAGGACUGCCAGGUUCUCAGGGAGCAGUGGAUCAGAGCAAAGUAUGAGAGAAAAGAGUUUUCCGAGCCGAGAAAAAGCUUAACCUACGAAGAAGGAUCUAAAGAUGGCAUGUUGAUGAAGAGGGGGCGGGACAAUGGACAGUUCCUGAGCAGGCGAUUCGUCCUUUCAGAGAGGGAGGGAACUCUGAAAUAUUUCACCAAAUAUGACGCUAAAGAACCCAAAGCAGUCAUCAAAGUGGACGGCAUCAACGCUUCUUUCCAGCCAGAGAAGAUCGGAAACCCCAACGGUUUGCAGAUCACCUACCUCAAAGACUACAGCACUCGCAAUAUCUUUGUGUAUCAUGAUAAUGGCAAGGAGAUUGUAGACUGGUUUAAUUCAAUCCGGGCAGUUCAGCUUCACUACCUAAAGGUGGCGUUCCCUGGGGCAACUGAUGCUGAGCUUGUACCCAGACUCACUCGGAACUUCCUCAAGGAAGGAUACAUGGAGAAAACAGGUCCCAGACAAACAGAAGGGUUCAAGAAACGCUGGUUCACACUGGAUCGCAGACGACUCAUGUACUUCAAAGACCCACUGGAUGCCUUUGCUAGAGGGGAAGUGUUCUUGGGGAACAGUGACCAUGGAUACUUUGCACUAGCUGACUUGCCCACUGGCAGCCACUGCAAUGGUGCCUGGCAAUACGGCAUCACAAUAAAAACACCUGAUCGCUGCUUCCUGUUUACUUGUGAGACCGAGGGUGACCAGCAGGACUGGCUAAAACACUUCAAUGAUGUCAUGAGUACGCCCAUGUCCCCUCAAGAGUACUCAAUGGAGGCGACGUUCAAGCACAAACACUGAUGAAUCAGAGGACCUGUUCUCAGCUCGUCAGCCCAAGAUCUGUUCGAACCACGAUACGAUCCUCGUCGGAGUGUCUACAGACGCUAAAAUCUCAUCCUAAUCACGGCUGACGUCGCACUACAGCCUGUUGAUUCAUCUAAACAAACAAAAAAAAAAGUUAAUCAAGUUCAAAACGGGGGGGAAAAACAUUCUCAAUUAGUAUAAAGGAACAAUAACUUCAGUCUGACAUAUUUUCAUUUAUAUUUUGAAAAGCUUCUUAACUGCACAUUAAAAUUUAGACUUCUCAGUUGGGGUCAUUUCUCUUUUCUCUUGUACAUUUUCUCUUGAUAAUUGUGGCGGCUUCUGCUGAUGGUAAACACUAACUGCUUCCUGUGU